AGCACACAUAUAAGCACAGCAGCUUCCUCCACAAUGCGAAACCUUUUUCCUCUGCUGUCUCUGGUCUUUCCCAGAUGCCUCUUAAAGCCAUGAUGUUGCUGUUGGCAGUGGUGUGUGUGUGGCGUGUGGAGGAGGGUGUGUGUUUCCCCAACGGCUCGGUGGCGUCCUCUUGUGGCGACAUGAUGCCCGUACAUCCUCCGUUCACUCCUUCCAUCAGCAGCCCGCCAUUCAUACUGUCUACCUCUGGUGCCACCUACAAGCCUGGUGGACUCAUUACAGUGACGGUGGAGGUGGUGAAGAACAGCUCCACUGAGUUCCAGGGUUUCCUGUUACAGGCCAGGAGCAGGGAGGGACACGCACUGCUGUGGCCGGUAGGAAUGUUCACCAACAUUGAUAGCAGCAUGUUUACUGUGCUACACUGCAAAAACAUGGAGAACUCCACUGUCAGUCAAGCAUCAGGAGUCAAGAGGAAGAAGAUCCAGCUGACCUGGAGGGCGCCUAACAACAGUAACUAUGGUGAUAUCUACUUCAGCGCCACGCUGGUGCAGGACUAUACAGCAUUCUGGGUUCAGCUGAACAGCAGCUCUCUGAGACUGGACAACAGUGGAAGCUCUACAGCUGGAGUCUUUUCCUCAUCCGUGAUGCUCUUCAUCAACCUGCUGAGUCUUUCUGCCUAUUGAUGGAACACACACACACACACACACACACACACACAUACACACACACACACACACACACACACACACACACAUAGAGCCUCUUUUUAACUUACAUGUUUCUUCUUAAAACAAGUUAUGAUUGCCCGUCCUGGUGAAUGAAGUCUUUUGUAAUUGUACAUACAGAGGUUGUUGUUGGUGAAAAUGGAUUUAAAAAUGAA